AUAUAAAAGGCAGCUUGGGGCUGAGGGACUCACUUAGUCAGGAUGCUGGUCGUCGUGAUUUUGCUGGUGUGCAGCGGCGGGGGCCGGUCACUGCCUAUUCCCCGGGAACGGGAGCACCACCACCGGGGCUGGAGUCAUGAACUGAGUCUCCCCAGUCAGAAGCAGAGGCCUGGGAGAUGGCAAUUACAGUCCCAUCACAAGGAUCUAUUGCAACCAACUGAAUAUGCUUUUCAUAACAGUGCUGGGGCUACCUCAGCAUUCCUUAAUCCUCGCCGCUGUGGUGUUCCUGAUCUACCAUCUGGGAAAAAUAUCCAACAUGGCUCCUCAAAAAGGAAACGACGCUUUGUGCUGGCAGGAGGACGGUGGAACAAAACUGACCUAACAUAUAAAAUAGUGCGAUUUCCUUGGCAGCUCAACCAAGUAAAAGUAAGACAAGCUAUUGCUGAAGCAGUGAGAGUGUGGAGUGAUGUGACUCCCUUGACAUUUACCGAGGUACAAGACACCAGUGCUGAUAUUAUCAUUGAGUUUACACGGUAUUGGCAUGGAGAUAACUUGCCAUUUGAUGGUCCUGGAGGGGUGCUAGCCCAUGCUUUCUACCCUCAAACCCCUCGGGCUGGGAAUAUUCACUUUGACUAUGAUGAACUGUGGACCACUGACAGCAACAAGGGUACAGAUCUCCUUCAGGUAGCCGCUCAUGAGUUUGGCCAUGCACUUGGACUGCAACACUCUAAAGUCCCAAAAUCCUUGAUGUCGCCUUAUUAUACGUUCCGCUAUCCACUGAGUCUGGCCGAGGAUGACAGACAAGGGAUCCAGUAUUUAUAUGGCAGCUCUCCUGGCUAUGGAGUUGAACACCCAGACAGGAAUACGGAAACCAAUGAAUUACCCAGGGUUGACUAUCAUGGAAAGGAGCCAGAUGCUUGUGAGACUGACUUUGAUGCAGUGUCGAUGAUUCGUGGAGAACUCUUUUUCUUUAAGUCGGAGUACGUUUGGAGAUUGCGAGAUGGUCAUCUGCAGCCUGGUUACCCAGCAUUGGCCUCACGCCACUGGCGGGCAAUCCAUGACCACAUUGAUGCAGGAUUUGAGGAUUCAUCUGGGAAUUUUUGGUUCUUCCAAGGCUCCAAUUACUGGAUCUAUGAUGGAGAGAAUCAAGUCUUGGGGCCCAGGUUAAUCUCUGAGUUGGGUCUUUCUGCGGUGGAUAUCCAGGCUGCUCUGAUGUGGGGCUUGGAGGAAAAGAAGAAGAUCUAUUUCUUUAAAGGAAAUAAUUACUGGCGAUUCAACAUGAACCAAAAUGCUUUGGACAGUUUCUACCCACGGAAUACUAAUGAUUGGCGAGGUAUUCCUGCCAACAUCGAUGGGGCAUUCCAGGACGAGCAUGGUUACGCUUACUUUCUCCGUGGAAGGUAUUACUGGAAGUUUGACCCUGUGCAGGUGAAGGUACAGGAAGGAUAUCCACGGCUGAUAGGCCAUGAUUUCUUCGGAUGUGCUUCUUCCCGUCAGUUGUACACAUGACUCUGACAGAUGCUCAACACGACGGGAACUGCUGGUGGAGAUUCCCAAUACUGUGAUGUUCCCAUCCACCAUUCAGUGGCUUUCUCAUUUCCCACUUCCUUUCCUGGGGCUUUCUUCUGAACAAUGAUCCAUAGUUAAUUUGACUCUUGAUUUGUGACAAGCUGGAGAAAGAUUUGGCACAAGUGUACCUCAGUUUGCUCCUCUCGAUUUGGAAUGACCGAGGGCUCCAUUUAGGGAUAGCUGCCCUUCUACACCUAAAACUGUACAAUACCAACAUCUGGAAAACCUUGAGUACAAUUCAGAAGAAUCUAAUAUUGAACAGAUAUCUGAUUACUUUUUCAGCUUGGCGGAACCUAUUACAUUAUUUGCAUUAGUUGAUAGUUUCUAGGCCGGAACUUAUUUUGAGGAGGGAAAUGCCUUUGUCUUUCUUGUAAAGUCCUGUCAUCAGGUUUGAAGCCUCAGUGUGAGAAACAAUUUGACAAUUCUGGAAACAUUAGGUGGGGCGACUGGGGACUCAGACCCUGCUGCUGGACAGCCACAUUUGGUGUAUUUGUCUGUAUGUGUACGAUUGUCAAGUACACACUCUCACUGAACAAGCAUCUGUCUGUCCAUCAAACUUCUGAUAACAAGCAGCAGAAUAGAAAAAGUGGUGAGAGAUACUAGAUUUCCCACUUGUUCUGCUUGUCACCAUGUCUCCAGUAUUGACAGGUUCCCAAAACCACAUCACGUCAUAAAGAAAGUGAAUUGGAAACUGGUAGCUCGGUGGAUAAUUCUGCCCCUUUUAUAGUGCAAUUUGCAGCAAUCACUCGGUUGCAGGUUCGGUUCUUGGUAUGUACAGUCAUUGGCAGGUGGGUGUAGCUUCAGCUCAGGUUGACGCCAUGAGUGAAUAAUCAAUUAACUGUGACCCACUCCAGGCAUUCCCAUUUCACGGUUCCAGCACAACUGAGCAGGGGCUUGGAGAUGAUCCUCAAGCAAAAUUAUUACAGUGCAGCUGGAGACCAUUUGGCCCAUCACGUGUACACCAGCUCCAUUAUCUAUCUCAGCUUUAUUAAUGACUGCCAUCCUCCUGCUUUUACAUUUAUCCGUGCACACGGUUACUGUCCAAAAACACAUGUAAUUCCCUGUUGAAUACGUCAAUUGAACCUGCUUCCACGUUAUCAGGCAAAGCAUUCCAUAAUCA